GCUUUGGUACACAUUGGUAGCAUUAAAUUCUGACUUGUAUUUUGCCGAAAUUUAUAAUUAUUGUUUGCUUAAUUUGGUGCACAACAACACAAUAUAAAGCGAUAGCAAACAUGAGUGACGUCCAGACACUGGUAGAUAUGGGUUUCUCCAAAGAUCGGGUUGAAUACGCAUUGAAAGUGACAAGUCACAAAGGCGUUGAGCCAGCAAUGGAAUGGCUGCUGGCCCAUGUGGACGAAGCUAUACCCGAGCAACGCGAAGAUGCUGGUGCUAGCGCUGCUGCUCCAGAGGACGACACUGCACCGAGCAGUAGCGGUACAGGCGACGAUUCCGGCGAGGCAGUGGCCAAAUCCUUAAAGUGCGACGACUGUGGAAAGGUAUUCAAGGAUCAGACAGAGAUGGAGUACCAUGCCGCGAAGUCGGGUCACAGCAAUUUCUCCGAGUCGACUGAAGAGAAGAAGGCGCUCACAGAGGAGGAGAAAAAGGCACAACUGGCACUAAUUGAAGAGAAACUGAAACAGAAGCGAUUGGAGCGUGAGGAACGCGAGAAGACUGAGGCACUGGAACGGGAACGCAAUCGCAUCCGUUCGGGCAAGGACAUGACUGAAGCACGUCGGCGCCUGGAGGAAAUUGAAAUGAAGAAGAUCAUCGAUCAGCGAAAGCGUGAAAAGGAGGAGGAAAAGGCAGCACGCGAUCGAGUUCGUGCACAAAUCGAAGCUGACAAAGCUGCGCGUAAAGCCAGGGAAGCCUUAACAGCGGGUGUACCAGAGCCACAACCCUCGGUUAGUUCCACCACCACGGUCUCAUCACCAACGGGCGUCAAAUCGCCACCGCGCGACUAUUCAGAGACUCGCAUACAGAUUCGUCUGCAGAAUGGUUCCACACUCAAUGGCACCUUCAGCGCCAAGGAGCAGCUAUCGGCGGUUCGUCUCUACAUACAGGUGCAAACGGGCAUUGAUACGCCCUUCAGUCUCAUGACCUCCUUUCCGCGCAAAGUCUUCACCGACGAGGACUACGACAAGCCCAUGGAUGUGCUUGGUCUGGUGCCAUCUGCCGUUAUAAUCAUGACAGGAGUGGCGGCGACCGCGGCUCAAUAAACCGAUACGAAGGGCUGACGAUUUGUCAAAACCGGGGCAUAACUAAACAAAACAAAAAGAAGGGAAACCAACUAAUACGAAUAUUUAUAUGAUAUAUAAUAUUUAACGUCGCGCGAUAUUUCCAGUCGCCCACGCGUCUCCUCGGUGCUGGGCUUUAUAAGUGUAUGUACGAUUUUAUACGUUAUAAAAAAGAAAAAAGCGAAAAGUAUA